AAUAGAGCUGUUGUGCCGUGUUGGUGGAAAGACUGCUGCCCUGGAGAUUCCCACUGUGUGGUGGGAUACAAAACCCCCAGAUAGCUAGGACCAGAUCUCCCGACUUUUACAAGUAUACAUUUGUAUGGUCUUUCUGGCCGUAUGUGUGACAGGAAUAAAGCGGGCAACCAAACGUGGACGGCGAAGAUAUGAGAAAGUGAUUGUUAAUCAGGGGACUCCACUAGCAUGAUCUUUAAUGUAAAAUUUAUGGAUGUUACAGGAUGAAACGCCUCAGGUCGUCCAGCAGCAGUGACAGUUCUGACAAUGAGAGUCCUUCAACGUCCUUUUGCUCCUCCAACAAAUAUGGGAGCAAACCUGGAACGCCGGCUUCCAACCCAAAGAAACCGGCUGAAGUGUUCAGAAAAGACUUGAUAAGUGUCAUGAAGCUGCCCGACUCCCACCAUGUCCCUCCAGAGGACUACUACCUGCUGGCAGACACCUGGAAGCAGGAAUGGGAGAAGGGGGUCCAGGUGCUGGCGAGUCCAGACACCAUCCCUGAGCCGUCAGUCAGAGUUAUUGCAGAGAAUUCCAAAGAAGUGCUUUACACCCACCAGAGGAAGUACAUCCAAUGUUCCAACCAGGAAACCACAGAACUGGGAUAUGUCAACAUUAAGGAGCUGGCAGAGGCCAUGUGUCGCUACGAUCUGGAUGACAUGGACCUCUACUGGCUGCAUGCACUCAACCGGGAACUGGACCACAUGGGAGAAGGCCCAAUAGAUGAGCUGACAAUGGAACGAGCCAUGGAGGCUUUGGAGAGGCAGUGCCAUGACAACAUGAAGCAUGCGAUUGAAACCGUGGAAGGUCUGGGGAUAGAAUACGAUGAGGAUGUCAUCUGUGAUGUGUGCCGCUCACCAGAUAGCGAAGAAGGGAAUGACAUGGUCUUCUGUGACAAGUGCAACAUCUGCGUACACCAGGCUUGUUAUGGCAUUGUCAAAGUGCCUCUUGGAAACUGGCUCUGUAGGACGUGUGUCCUCGGCAUUGACCCACAGUGCCUUCUGUGUCCUCAGAAGGGUGGCGCCAUGAAAGCAACACGUGCUGGCACCAAGUGGGCACAUGUAAGCUGUGCCCUGUGGAUACCAGAGGUUAGCAUUGCUUGUCCUGAGCGGAUGGAGCCCAUCACUAAAAUCUCCCACAUCCCACCCAGUCGCUGGUCUCUCAUCUGCAGUCUUUGUAAACUGAAAACGGGUGCUUGUAUCCAGUGUUCAGUAAAGAACUGCACCACUCCUUUCCAUGUAACGUGUGCCUUUGAGCACAGCCUGGAGAUGAAGACCAUCCUGGACGAGGGGGAUGAAGUUAAGUUUAAGUCGUACUGCCUCAAGCAUAGCAAGUGCAAAUCUGGUGAGGCUGGCCUGAGCCCAGUUCGCUCUAAAACCCCUGGAGAGAUGGGGAAGGUAGGCCAGCGGGCACAGAGACUGCAGGAGCUGGAGGAGGAGUUCUACACUCUAAUCCAGUUGGAGGAGCUGGCGCAGGCCCUCGGGCUUUCCCAGCACCUGGUGGACUUCAUCUAUCAGUACUGGAAGCUUAAGAGGAAGUCCAACUUUAACAAAGCUCUGCUGCCCCCUAAAGAGGAGGAGGAGAACCUGGUGCUGCAGCCUCAGGAAGACAGCAUCCACACACGCAUGCGGAUGUUCAUGCACCUGCGACAGGAUUUGGAGCGAGUGAGGAACUUGUGUUACAUGGUGAGUCGGCGGGAGAAGCUGAAACUGUUGCAGAGCAAAGCUCAGGAGCAGAUGUUCAACCUCCAUGUGAAACUCAUGAAUCAAGAGCUGUCAACUGGUCUUCCUGCUUCAUUUUCAGUUGAAAAUAUGCUGUUUCAUCCUCCUCCGAGGAUUACUCUUAAACUGAAGAUGCCUAAACCUUCAAGUGCCGGAAAUGGAAAUCCCAGUUCCAAAUCUGGCAAUGGGCCGCUCUGCCCAGACAACAGCGGUAAUGUUGCUGAAUUUGCUGCUGAGGGUUUGGGACAAGGGAAGCCUCAGCUGCACGGCCGAGGGGUCAAAGAAGAGCGCUCCAAUGGCCGACUGUCUUCCUCAAGCCGUUCAGGCAGCACAGUGAUGGCAGUCAAACCAACUGGCAAACCUUUAGCGUUGCAUGCUGCACUCCAUGGCCAUUCAUCAAACAGCAAUGGGAAACUGGACCAAGACCGACCAUGCACGAACAAACCUAAUGGUGUCAUAGAGAAGUCUGCAGCUCAGAAGGACAGUUCUUACCAGACACCAAAUGACAGGGAUGCCUCUAAGAAAGCUUUGGACAAGAGCAGCUUUCGCAAAUCUGCCAUGGAGCACUUUGGCAGGUCCUUCAAAGAGGCUACCAUUAACCUGGUACGGACCACAGAGGACCUGCGGGUCUCUGAUAUGCUGUCCCGAAAAGGCACAGUGAAGGAGAGACUAUGGGCUAAACCUGUGUCUGAGCACAAAGUGAAAAGUGUGUUAUCUUACCAGGACAGUGAUGGAUACUGCCCUGACCUGGAGCUCAGUGAUUCGGAGCCAGAGGCCAGAGGCAGGCGCAGGCAGCAUGGUGGGCUUCCACCGCCAGACGCUCCAAGGAAAGGGAAGCAGUCACUGAGCUCCAGACACACAAUGCAAAGGUGACGGCUUUGAGUUUACUCCCCCCCCACUGCUGCCAAUUUCUCCAGACCCCACAGCGAGCCGUCUCCUUGAACUCACAUCUCAAUCAGGGACCAAGCCACAGUUCUAAUGGUGCUGUAAACAUAGACUGCAUGAAGAGAUAAGUUUCAAGAACAUCAUUAAGACUACUGAAAACAUCAGCCCAACACGUCUCUUUUGAGACUGUCAUGCUUGAAUUUAAUUUGUAGUCAAUAAUGAAACAUGUUCCCCGAUAUGCAGGUUUGAGUUGAACUGAUGUACACGAGAUGUUCAAAUUGGGAUGUAAAUCAUUUUUAACUGGACCAGAAAUAUUCCACUGUUAUAUCACUACAAUGACAAUUUGCCCAGAAAUUCUAACAGACUUGUGUAAUUAGGAAUUUUUUUAUGAAUAACAUCUGUUUCACUUGUUUCUUGCACAUAAUUUGUCACAGUCAACCUGUUUCCCCACAGGUGAGACAUCGACAGUGUGAUGUUUUAGCAUUUGGCAAAAAGGGGCGCAAAUUUUUUAAAACACAGUUGCCUUUUGGGUGUAGGAGUGCUUCACGUUUAGGCUCUUCAGAGUUUUGCUGGUUCCAGUAAGACAAAACAAAAUGUAAACACUACAUCUGCGUCUCCAAAUUGGAAAAAAUGUUUAAUUACAUUCCAGUAUGUGUCCUUCAGUUACUGAAACUGGAUGCAUGAAAGUAAAAGCUAAGUUAGAGAUAAGUGAUAAUGCCGAUUGCCUUUAUUUCUGUUACAGAUCAUCUCAUGAUCAGCCUUCAUUAUCAGACUUUAAAUUGUCAAAGUUCGCUGUGAUUCAUUUAGCAGUCUUUUGCUGUUACUUGUUCCCUUAUUUGAUAAAUAAAACCUGGCAUGACUGGUU